AGUCCCCAAACAAAAACGGCGUGCAAAUGUUUUUCUAAAAAUAACAAUAUUCAUUUUAUUCCAUAAAAGAAUUGCAUUUAUUAGUAUUAAUACCAUGGAUCCCAUCGGGUUGGAUACCUUGGCCUAUCGUCCAGAGGACUGGUUCGUGAUCGAGUGCGGCGAUGUGUUCGAUGGAGUUUUCGAGGACAUGAUUCAAAUGUUUCAGCCGUCCGAGCCACUGGACGAGAGAUUACCGGAAGCCGACAGUGCGACAUACUAUUCGGCCGAUAUUCUAAAAUGUUGCGACAAGGAGCCUUCCAUAAUGCCUGAACCUUUCCUGUUCUCCGACAUGGAGUACCUGACUGAGGUUUCACCGGUGACGGAGAAGGUUAUCCCUCCUACGAAGAAUGUCCCCGUAGCUGUUAACCCGAGCGAAUUUAGCUGGUCCCGUAAGGAGGCAUCCACUGAACAAAAGACUGAAGCUGCUGAGUUAGACCGUUUUUCAACGCAAGUAAACGUGCCGGAAUCUUCCACCGCUUGCAAUCGAUACAUAAGUUCCACCAACUACAAGACAAUACUGCAUAACUACAUUCAGAAAGGCAAGCGAAAACUGGAAGCAAGCUCGUACUCCAAAAUGAAAGCGACCGUCGUAAGCGUGAAAUCCAGCGCCAACUCCACCUCUCUGAUUGAAACCGUGACCUGUGCUUCCUUCGGCAGCGACCCUCCUCCGCACUCCACUGCCAUCGUUGGGCCUAACGGAUCCACCAUCCGGCAACAACCACCGGAGGACAUUCGAUUGCUAUCGGAAACUACUGCCGCCAUCGCACCACCCGCCGCCUAUCGCUGCCCGGUCUGCAACUCGGGCUUCCUGUCGGUGGAACGGCUCCGGAAACACACCUGCAUCAUUACGGAACAGUAUCAGUGUCAGCUCUGUCGGCGGGAGUUCCGGAAACGAAAGACUCUUGAACAGCACAUCCGAUCCCACGACAAGGUGUUCUCCACCGAUGAUGAUCUACGAAAGUGGUAAGCUGGGGCUGUUGUUCUGUUUGCGGGUUCUCUGAAUUUAGUGUUUUAAUAAUGAUGGUACCAUGUGAGGCUGAUUAACGUAGCUCUUGUUUAAUUAUUAAUCGUUGUGAAUUGA